UGUCAUAAUCCCUGUCCUGCUGGCUAUCAAAAGAAAAAGAAGGAAGGGCAGAAAUUUUGCUGCUAUGAUUGUGAUCCAUGUUCUGAUGGGAAAAUGUCAAACAUGUCAGAUAUGAUUGCCUGUUCCGAAUGUCUAGCGGAUCAAUAUCCAAGUAAGGACAAAGUUCGAUGCAUCCCAAAAAUCAUAAUUUUCCUAACUUAUGAAGAACCUUUAGGAAUUAGUUUAACUCUGAUUGUUGUAUUAUUUUCAAUUAUUACCAUGCUCAUACUUGGAAUAUUUAUCAAGAAUAAGGACAACCCUAUUGUUAAAGCUAACAACAAGGACCUCACCUACACUCUUCUCAUCUCCCUUCUCCUUUGCUUCCUUUGUUCUUUUAUCUUCCUUGGAAAACCUCUCCAACUGAUUUGCUUCCUCCGACAAUCAGUCUUUGGCUUUAUCUUCUCUGUGGCCAUUUCUUCUGUGUUGGCCAAAACCAUCACGGUCAUUGCUGCAUUCAUGGCCACCAAACCAGGUUCCGGCAUGAGAAAAUGGUUGGGGAAAAAACUGUCCAUCUUAAUUGUUCUUUUCUGCUCCUUCAUUCAAGCAAGUAUUUGUUUGGCAUGGAUGAUCACUUCUCCCCCCUUUCCAGAACUUAACAUGCAAUCCAUGAUUGAAGAGAUCAUAGCAGAAUGUAAUGAAGGGUCUGUUGUGAUGUUUUAUCUUGUCUUGGCCUAUAUGGGGUUUCUGUCUUUAGUCAGCUUUGUGGUGGCUUUCCUAGCUAGGAACCUGCCAGACACAUUCAAUGAAGCCAAGUUCAUCACUUUUAGCAUGUUGAUGUUUUGUAGUGUUUGGUUAUCUUUUGUUCCCACCUAUUUGAGCACCAAAGGAAAGUAUAUGGUAGCUGUGGAGAUCUUCUUCAUCUUAGCUUCUAGUGCUGGUUUAUUGGGAUGUAUCUUUUCCCCCAAAUGUUACAUUAUUUUGCUGAAACCUGAGCUCAACAACAAAGGUCAACUUGUAAAGAAAAAGCAUUUCUGUCUAUUGAAUCAUGGUUAUAUACAUUUAAAAAUAGGUGUUGCUUAUUAUAACUUUCAAGUUUACCAGUAUUAUUUAUUCCUGGGUGAGCUCAAAAGUAAACAAAAACUGGUGUCCGGUUUUGCAAGGAUUCGGCGGCGGCAGGAAUCUGUGAUCAUACGCAGUUCCCGCUGUACUCGCUGCCCAAGUUCCUCUGAUCCAGAUGGAUUUGGAGGAUAUGGUUGUCCCGUAGAGACAACCGAAGAGAGAGGGGAUCCGGAUAGGGGCUUGGAGCUCUUAAAUAUUGACUUUAAGAGAGCCCCCAUGGAAGAAGCCAAGAAUGAGAGCAAAAGUAGUGUCGGCGGGGAUGACAGAGUGCGGCUGCAAUCCAGCAGCCUCACUGAAAAAAAGCAUGCCCUGUUCUAUUUGCUGGGCCUGGCAAGUCUGAGCAGCCAGCACAUGGAACAAGGCUGCACUGGACCGUUGGAGAAGCGGAGCGGAGACAGAGAUAAGUAG